AUGGAGCCCGACAAUUCCUCUCAUCCCCCCUCAUAUGCUGGAGAAGAUACCCGGUUGACGAGCACCAAAGAGCUCUCAGGUUGGUAUUCUUAUGGCUGGGCGGCCGAGGUAUUCGUUGUAUGCGGUGUUGGGUCUUUCAUCCCCAUUACCUUGGAACAACUCGCGCGUGAGCGCGGCGUCCUCCUGUCCGACAGGACGAUAUCCUGCAGCGCCGGCUUCAAGACUCCCAUGCCAAUAGAAUUCCCAAAUACAACCAUGCCAUACGAGGCGGCGGCUACGACUUUAUCCUCUCGAGCAGAUAAAGGACAGUGUAUAAUCAAUUUCUUCGGGACUGACAUCAACACGGCGAGCUUUGCCAUGUACACCUUCUCAAUCAGUGUGCUCGUACAAGCUCUUCUCAUCAUCUCAAUGAGUGGAGCUGCAGACCACGGUCGUUACCGAAAGAGCCUCCUGCUCUCAUUUGCAUUUACAGGAGCUGUGGCGACCAUGCUUUUCCUUGCUGUAAUCCCGAAGGUCUACGCACUUGGGUCAUUGUUGGCCAUCAUCUCAAACACUUGCUUCGGCGCGUCUUUUGUCUUAUUGAAUUCAUUCCUCCCCGUCCUUGUACGUCGGCACCCAUCCAUUCAGGCGCCUGAGAUCGAUGGAAACAGCUAUUCGGAAGGGUCAAGCUCCGAGCAGACAACCGACUACGAGGAUCAAGGUCACGAUAGUGCUACAGAAUCACUUAUACAGUCCUCUUCCGUCGCUCGUCGAAUGGUACCUAUUGAAACUUCAUCUACGCCCAUUUCACCUGCACUUCGGCUAUCAACCAAGAUAUCGUCAUAUGGGAUAGGGAUUGGAUAUAUUGCGGCGGUGAUUGUCCAGACCCUAGGUAUAACAAUUGUUGUAGUUGCGGACUCUAUGACCACGUCCACGACUUUGACUCUUCGAAUCGUCCUCUUUCUCGUCGGUCUAUGGUGGUUUAUCUUCACAAUUCCAGCAGCACUCUGGCUGCGGCCGCGGCCGGGUCCUCCACUACCAUUUAUAAGCAAUGGUAAACAAAGGAGCUGGGCGGGUUAUAUUGCUUAUGCAUGGUGCUCCCUUGGGAAGACUAUCCUGCGAGCUCGCCGCUUGAAGGAUGUCACGCUUUUUCUAGGCGCUUGGCUACUUCUGAGCGAUGGCAUCGCAACAGUCAGCGGUACUGCCGUGUUGUUCGCGAAGACGGAACUGCAAAUGACACCCGCCGCUCUAGCAUUGAUCAGUCUGGUCGGGACCGUCGCAGGGAUUUUGGGAGCAUUUUCCUGGAACAAAGUUUCCCAAUUGUUGGGCAUCCCUCCGUCAAAAACGAUUAUCGCUUGUAUAUGUCUUUUCGAAAUAAUUCCAAUAUAUGGGCUUCUAGGAUAUAUACCUGCCAUAAGACGCUUUGGGGUGUUCGGUCUCCAGCAACCGUGGGAGAUGUAUCCUCUCGGUGCCAUCUAUGGCAUCGUUCUUGGAGGGCUUUCUUCGUACUGUCGUAGUCUCUUUGGAGAGCUCAUACCUCCAGGAUCUGAAGCUGCAUUCUACGCUUUAUAUGCAAUCACGGACAAAGGCUCAAGCGUUUUCGGCCCAGCCAUUGUUGGUGUGAUUACAGAUCGAUAUGGGGAGAUACGUCCUGCGUUCGUGUUUCUGGCUGUACUCGUAUUCAUACCGCUGCCUCUGAUGUUGCUGGUCGAUGUUGAUCGAGGGAAAAGAGAUGGUGCUGAAAUGGCAAAGGAGCUGGAAGGAAAGAAUGAUAUUACUCAAUCCAGGAGCGAAGAUGUUAUCCGGCUGGUUGAUGAAGAGGAAGACGAAUGA